GGUAAUUUUUGUAAACAAAUUAAUUCAAAACAGAAAAAUCUUAGAAAAAUUCACAAAAUAUUUUCUUUUUAUAGCUUUAGCUUUCUUUUAUUGUUAAAAUGUGAAUUAAAAGACGCAAAGCAUAAAAAAUGAUUCAAAAGAUUAAAUGAUGGGAAAAUUAUUCAUUUCUGCUACUUUUCCCCGCACAUGCGCAGGUGGAAAUUGUGCGAUAAAAUCAGGAAUAGGGGUUGAAAAAUCACGAAAUGUAGAAAAUUAGUUUUUUCUGCAAGAUUAAGUGUAGUUUUUGCAAAAUCUAGUACUUGGAAAUUGCAUUGGGACACAGAGGAAGCCCAUUGAGGUGCAAAAAUUGUGAAUUUGUGUAAAUUCUCGGGGGAAAUUUGCAUUUGAAAAGUUUUGAGAUUUUUCCACCCUCCUCCCUAAAGAUUUGUGUGAAAAAGAAGCACCCAUUUUGAUGGGUGUUUUCCUGCUACUCAUCUUCUUCCGUUCCAUCUGCCUCUAUCUACAAGACAUUGUCCUGGGGGUCUACGACAGAUUGUUCAGACCCAAAAAUAUCUUCCUCCUCCCAUCGGCCAACAAUAAAUGCCGCAGCUAUCGAUCGAAUGUCUCAAGUGGCUGGGGUGGCAGUGCAGCGUACAAUAGACUAGUUGAUGAGGAGAGGGCCCGGCUCUACGAGCAAAUUCGCAUGAGAAAGCAGGCACGCAAGGCACGGAAGUAAAGGUGGUCGCCAAAGGGUUGGACACGCGGGAGAUGACUCACUUUAUGUGAGGAGAAAAGGGUUGUGUUUCGAUAUAAAAUCUACGAGAAAAAGGUGAAACUUUAAACAGUCAUGGAGAACAAAGAAGAAAUCAGGAGAGACGCAGAAAUUCCACUCAAGCACGGCUGUCAGGAUUUAUGGACAUGGAAUAGGCGCGAUAGAUCACCGGAAGUAUGGCUCAGUGGUCCUGGGAAUCGUGUUGUGCAUUUUCAUCCAAACUGGAGUAAAGGAACCGCUGGUAUUAGGGGUACACGAAUCCUCAACAAUGGACGAUACUAUUGGGAACUUAAACUAUCCCAGAGGGUUUUUGGGACAAGCAUGAUGUUUGGCAUUGGGACAAAACAUGCUCGUCUCCAUGUGAACAGCUUCAUUAAUCUUCUCGGCGAGGACAAGAAUGGAUGGGGACUAUCCCACAAGGGACUUCUCUGGCACAAUGGGGUCGCUUUGCACUAUACGAAGAAGUUUAAGGAGAAUCAGGGUACGACUGUGGGCUUACUAUUUGACGGCAUUGCUGGCACAUUGUCAUACUACAAGGAUGGUCUUUGUCUCGGUGUAGCCUUCCGUGGUCUCAAUGAGGUUCAGGAACCCCUCUAUCCCAUCGUGUGCUCUACAGCAGCCAAGACGGAGAUGUUCCUGUCGGAAUGUCGACGUGACUUUGUGAAUCUACAGGAUCGCUGCCGUGCUGCCAUUGUGAAACGCGUAAAAAAGCGCGAUGAUAUUCCGCAACUCAAUCUACCACCGCGAAUAGCCAAAUAUCUCGAAGAGACUCUCUGCGAUUCCACUGCACCCCUCAUGCCCGUCGAUAAUUUUGAUAUGUACAUGAUUUAAGGAUACCCAUACAUUCCAAUACGUUACUUUCUGCCCCCAAAAUGGGCAGAUAAUGAUUUUUGCAUUACAAACCAAAGAAAAAAAUAAACAUUUAGUACCCUUUUCUAGUCAAGAACAUCGUAAGAAAAACAACUAAAUAUCAGAACAAAAACUACCAUAAGAAAAGAAAAUUUUAAAACAUAAUUUUUACAUACUUUUUAGAUAAAAAAAAAGAAAAUAAACUGUGGUAUUAUAAAUGGAAAACCGCUGCACAAAAGACAAGAAACGAAGUCACUCUGAAUGUGUUAAUUUUCAUUUUUUUUUCAUAACAAAAUAACUUUAAAAAAAAAGUGUAAAAUUAUAUUUUUAAAAUGAAAUUCAUCUCUAGUCCCCUUUUAGUCAAGUAAAAAAAAAGAAUGAAGAAUAGAAAAAAAGUUCUUAAUUUCCAUUAGUCUCUCUAAUAAAGAAAAGAUCUCACAGAAAAAAGAACUAUUUUUCUAUUCUUACAUAGUUUUAGUAUUAAGGAUUUAAGUAUAAUCAUUAAGUAAUUUAUUAAUUAAAAGAAAAAAAAAGAAUGAUAAUCCCGUGAAGUUCUAGGAGUGCCAUAAAUGUAAAAUUCUUCUAGUCAUAAAACUUAAUGUUAAGUUUUAUUCUUUUUUUCUUUUUGAUAAUUUCGAAGAUCUCUUUUUUAUGUUCUAAAUAUAAAACAUAAUAAUAUUGUGUAAGAAUGUUAAAUUAUAUUAAAGCCACAGAUUUAUAGUGUGCAUAAAUGCGAUGAAAAAGAAAACUGUGGUAGGGAGCUAUGUAAUCAAUCUAGUCAAAUUGUUUAUGGCCGUUAAGUCAUGGGAGAUUUGUUCUAAUCUUACUUUAAACUUCUACUAAAAUGGAUUUGGGCGCAUUUACUUAGGAUUCAAGCACGAGGUGUCCCUUAAUUAGUCAUCUAAUUAAUUUUUUUGAAGCCUCUUUGAACUUCUAAAUUUUUCAAACAGAAAAAAGAAUCAAAGAUGAUUUUUCUCAGAUUUUUUUGGCAUAGAAACUAAAAGAAUAGAGACACAAAAACUUCUUUCAAAACACACCCAGCGUGAUAGAAAAAAAAUCUUUUAGAGAAAAAGGCCCUGACAGACAAUCCACAUUUAAAAAUACUAGCUAAAACAAAUUAAAUCAAGUAGAAAAUCUUAAGGAUAAAAAAAAGAACUCUCCUGGAAAAAAAAACGGCGUAAAUGGUAGUGCAAAAUAUUUUGUUAGGUGUCUCCUUUUUGGACAAUUUACAUUUAAGUGCAAUACUUGUAUAAUUCCCAACAAUAGCUGUCUCUUGAACAAAAAAAAAAGAAAUCUAAUUUAUAAUUUCCGUGGAUAAUCGCAUUUAUAGAGAGAGAAAGAAAAAAAAAUAAGUAAACCUGCAUCUUUGCUGAAUGUAAAAUUCCAAAAGGGAUUUCAUGAUCAAAUAAAAAGACAACUUACGUAGACUUUUGAGAAAUGUUCCAUUUA